GGGAGGGAGUGUUUUGGUUCUAGCCGCUCGCCGUCUUUGCCAGACUCUGUUGUCGGGAAGCUUUUCCUUCCUGCUUCCCCUUCCCUUUCCCGGCCCCUAUCCUCCCUCCCUCAUCCCUUUUAUCCCUUUUGUCCGCUUCCCUUUAUUUAUUUAUUUAUUUUUUACUGCCACCCCGGGUCUGGGCCAUUUCCGGGCCGGGCGCACUAAGGUGCGCGGCCCUGGGGCCCGGUAUAUGACCCGCUGUCCUGCUACCCCUCGCUUCCCCCGCCCCAUGUGGCUGCGGGGCCGCGGUGGCGCUGCCCACUAUGGCCCGGAAAGCAGUUAGCAGGAAGCGGAAAGCGCCCGCCUCGCCAGGAGCUGGGAGCGACACUCAGGACCCGCAGUUUGCCUGGGAUCACUCGCUUCACAAAAGGAAAAGACUCCCCCCAGUGAAGAGAUCCUUAGUGUACUACCUGAAGAACCGGGAAGUCAGGCUACAGAGUGAAACCAACUUCUCUCGAGUGUUACAUGGUUAUGCAGCACAGCAACUUCCCAGUCUCCUGAAGGAAAAAGAGUUUCACCUUGGGACCCUUAAUAAAGUGUUUGCAUCUCAGUGGUUGAAUCAUAGGCAAGUGGUGUGUGGUACAAAAUGCAACACGCUAUUUGUAGUGGAUGUCCAGACAAGCCAGAUCACCAAAAUCCCUAUUCUGAAAGACCGGGAGCCUGGAGGUGUGACCCAGCAGGGCUGUGGUAUCCAUGCCAUCGAGUUGAAUCCUUCUAGAACACUAUUAGCCACUGGAGGAGAUAACCCAAACAGUCUCGCCAUCUAUCGACUGCCUACACUGGAUCCUGUGUGUGUGGGAGAUGAUGGACACAAGGACUGGAUCUUUUCCAUUGCAUGGAUCAGUGACACUAUGGCAGUGUCUGGCUCACGUGAUGGUUCUAUGGGACUCUGGGAAGUGACAGAUGAUGUGUUGACCAAAAGUGAUGCAAGGCACAAUGUGUCACGAGUCCCUGUGUAUACUCACAUCACUCACAAGGCCUUAAAGGACAUCCCCAAGGAAGACACAAACCCUGACAACUGCAAGGUCCGGGCACUGGCCUUCAACAGUAAGAACAAGGAACUGGGAGCAGUAUCUCUGGAUGGCUACUUUCAUCUGUGGAAGGCUGAAAAUACACUGUCUAAGCUCCUGUCCACCAAACUGCCAUAUUGCCGUGAGAAUGUGUGUCUGGCCUAUGGUAGUGAAUGGUCAGUGUAUGCGGUGGGCUCCCAAGCUCAUGUCUCCUUCUUGGAUCCACGGCAGCCAUCAUACAAUGUCAAGUCUGUCUGCUCCAGGGAGCGAGGCAGUGGGAUCCGCUCAGUGAGCUUCUAUGAGCACAUCAUCACUGUGGGCACAGGGCAGGGCUCCCUGCUGUUCUAUGAUAUCCGAGCUCAGAGAUUUCUGGAAGAGAAGCUCUCAGCUUGUUAUGGGUCCAAGCCCAGACUAGCAGGGGAGAAUCUGAAACUAACCACUGGCAAAGGCUGGCUGAAUCAUGAUGAAACCUGGAGAAAUUACUUUUCGGAUAUUGAUUUCUUCCCCAAUGCUGUUUAUACCCACUGCUAUGACUCGUCUGGAACGAAACUUUUUGUGGCAGGAGGUCCCCUCCCUUCAGGGCUCCAUGGAAACUAUGCUGGGCUGUGGAGUUAAUGACAACUCAUUCUCUCCCAAAAUGCAGAGAUUUACACUAACUUUCAUCCUCAAUUUCCCUGUUUCUUCUUUUGAUUUUUUUUUUUUCCAAUUGUGUGAGGCUCUCAUAUUUUAGCGGGAACACCAGAGUUUGCAUAUGCCUUAGGCACUUUAUAGGAAGAAGCUCUGUACAGAAAUCUGAAGGGUUUUUUUUUCUCUUUUUUCCCUUUUGGUAAUCAGAAUUUUACUAUCCUUUUUUCUUUCUGGCUUCUCAACCAAACAUUGUUGCUAAUCCCUAUUUGUAUUUUUUCUUUAAGUGACACACACUCUGGCUUCUUUAGACAUAGUCAUUCUCACCCUUACUUCACUCUUAAGAGGUAGGGCUCCUUUAUAAUUAUGUGGUUGCUAUCAGACUUUCUGUGAAAGUUUGAGAGCCGUGUGUGUGUGCGUGUGUGAACUUGUGUGCCUGUAGGUACUAUGUGUCACGGAAAUUACCUGGAGUGAGGAUUACUUGUAAUUAAAAUAUUUAUAAAAGAAACAACUUUAUUCACAGAAUCCCACUUUGGGACUAGUCUGUGUCUUGUUUUAAAAUCUAACAACACUGACUAUAGGAAGUAAAAACAGAAAGGAAAACAAAUCACCAGUGGGAAAACCCUUUGAGUUAAAUAACAGGCUUCCUGGCACCUCCCAUGCCAGGACUCCAGAGUGAUCCAGCCCUACCUGUUUUCUCACCUGUGUGUCCCCCAAGUGAGAACACUUCUGUGUAGGUGUCACCUCCACUUCCCAACCUCCCAUCUGCUUAGCCAGUGGCCACUCCCCUAAAAUAUCAGGGUCUCUGGAGGCUUCAGAAGGCUUUAUGGGACUUGGUAAAGAGAAUCCCCAUUCCAACUCCCCUCUACUUCCUCCUGAAACAAAGGCUGAUCUGGUAUUUCAGGGGCUUGGAGCUGGAGGUAUCAAGUCUGCUAAGAUUCACAUACAUAGUCUGCUUGGCUUUGAGGAGAAACUUCUCCUUUACCAUUCUUCCAGUCUCCCCAAUGGAUUUUGCUGUUGUUUUUUAAAUUGGGUUUAGGUCAGGAGGGUGGGGGUAAGCAAGAGGUUUAUCUGUGUAUAGUGAGCGCUUCACGUGUGGAAUAUUCAUUUUCUCAAUGCAGUGGAACUUGGGGUUGAAGCUACCCCUCGUACUCUGUUUUCAGCCCUGAGAUGGGGAUAGGGUGGCCUGCAGCCCACAUCAUUGUGCAUGUGACAACAUCGAUGUGAUUAGUAAUUUGUUCUUCCCUUGAACUGUCUUUGUAGUCUGAGGUUUUUAUACUUGUAGGCAACUGACUGUGAUGUCCAGUUGUUCUCUGCUUUUUACGCAUCAUGUCGAAGAUAACAGCUGUUCCCACCCGUAAAUUCCCCCUCUAAACACAUAAUCUGCUCUGUCAACAUCCCAUCCUAGGGAAAGGAAAAGUAUUUAUUCCUGCACACCAGUUUCUUAAUUGUUCUCCCAGUUAUCUCCUUCUUCUCUGGUUGUAUGUGGGGAGAUUGGAAAAAAGAGUAUCCUCCUCUUAAUGAUGGAGGGCUGCUGGGGAAGGAAGACUGCAAGUCCAACCUAACUUGGUGGUACCUGACAUACACCACAGGUUCUGGAAUUCUUAUCUUCUAACCUAGAGAAAUAGGUGCUAUACACAGGGAAUGAAGCAAAAUUGCUGGAUGCUAUAGAUCUUUUAAUUGUCUUAAUUUUUUUUCUAUUAUUAAACUACAGGCUGUAGAUUUCUUAGUUCUCACAGAACUUCUAUCAUUUUAAACUGACUGGUAUAUUUAAAAAAUUUUUUAAAAAGGAUGUUUUGUAUUGUAGCCAGACCCUCUUCUGUGAUGGGUAAUGCGUUUGAUUGUUUGAGAUUUUUCUGUUUUUAAAAAUGUAGCACUUGACUUUUUGCCAAGGAAAAAAAUAAAUAUUGUU